GUUUUCCGCUAUCCAGAUGGAUCCCAUCACCAGCGGUCUCACUAUUCUUCAGGUCAUUGAAACUAUAGCACAAGCUUCAGCUCUUUUGUUAGGAUAUGUUGCUUCUGUCCGCAACGCUGACUCGUCCUGUCAGAGUCUGCUCAAUCAGUUCAGUUCAAUCAGUGGCGUCCUAACCACAGUCACAAAGAUCGACUCGAAGAACGAUAGCUCUCUUCCACACAAUCUCCGCCAUGCACUUUCAACAUUGAUGGCCGAAGACGGACCAGUCGCACAUUUACUGGUGGAACUGAAGAACAUUCUGCCAAAUGAGCAGGCCAGGGAGAGCGGCAAGAUGAAGACAAUAUCCAGAUUGACAUGGCCGUUCAAGGAAAAGGAAGCAGGCGCAAUCGUCGAGAGAUUGAAACACUACUGUGGCGAGAUUACAAAAAUUUUAGCAAUCGACACAUGGAGCACGCUCAAGGAAGUCAAGCUUGAACUCCAGCAAGUCAGUCGGACACUCCAGGAAGUCGAUCUAGGAGUUCAGAAAGGUAAUCGAGGAGUCGAGGAAUUGACAAAGCAUUCUACUGCACAAAAGGUGCGCGAACAAACCGAGGAACGUCGAAAGUUAUUUGAAUGGAUGAAUCUUGUGUCUUGUGCUGAAAAGCACGCUACGUCGCGUGGUCAGCGCAACCCAAGGACCGGUCGUUGGAUUUUCCAAAACGAUCAGUAUGUGGCUUGGAACAACUCAGAUCGCUCAUUCCUAUGGUUGACCGGUCAGGCUGGCCACGGAAAGACUAUCCUUGUCUCAGCCAUCGUGGACGAAAUUCAGGGUAGCGAUAAAGCAGAGCCACAAACGCUCGCCUACUUUUAUUGCAAUUUUCGAGACGACAGGACGACAAACGCGGCUGUUGUAUUGCGGCCCUUGAUUGUUCAGCUGCUUCAACAAUCUAAGGACGACUGGAUCACAAGGAUAGGCGGGGAGCAAGAAUCAAACACAGAAGGGAACCUUGACUCUCUGCGAAGCCUCUGGCGGCAACAACGUGAUGCAAAACCGCAUCCCACAGAUCUGGGGUUUCUACGUAAGCUUCUUGUUGAAGCGUCUGCGCUAGUUCACCGACCAAUCCUCGUGAUUGAUGCCUUGGACGAAUGCAAGGACUACCCCGACCUGGUCAGACACCUUGUAAACCUUGCCGAAGAUGCUCGACUACGACUUUUCGUCACUGGUAGAAGCGAGGCAGACAUCCAAGAAGCCUUUCAUGAUCUCCCCACCGUGUCGCUGAAAGACAGCGCAGAACAGAUGAAAGCAGAUAUAUGUGCGCACAUUACUGAGCAGCUUAAGACUCAGAAGAAAUUAUCACGCCUAUCCGAACCACUUAGAACGAUUAUUUUAGAGAAAUUAUUAGAAAAGGCCGAGGGCAUGUUUCGCUGGGUUCAGUGUCAAUUGGACGUCAUCGUGACGUGCAAAAGACCCGACAGUAUUCGGAAAGCCCUCGAUGACCUUCCAGCAGGACUAUAUGAAACGUAUGAUAGGAUCAUUCACUCCAUCGAAGAAAGAGGAAAAGACGAUGGCCCGAUUGCCCAGCGUUGCCUGCUUUUUCUGGUCGGCGCAUUCACCCCUUUGACGCUUGAACAGCUGAAUGAAACGAUGAUGAUCGAAGUUGGGCGGUCGAGUCUCAAUGAGGACCUUGGCGUUAUGGACACCAUGGAUAUCGUGGUCGCGUGCGGAAGCCUUGUGACCUACAACGAAAAAACUGGCAUCGUCGCCCUGUCUCAUUAUAGUGUCAAAGAAUACUUGAUUAGUCGCCCUAAUAAGAUCUUCAAAUCGAUCUCGGACAUGCAUGCACGGAUCUGCAAGAUCUUGAUUACGUAUGUAUUAUGCGACUUUGUGGAUGAGAUCUGCGCAGACGAUGAACAUCCAGCUAUGCGACCAUAUUUUCGGCUACGUUGUGCUGAUGUUGCCAAUGUCAGCAAUGACCAUCCAUUAAUGAGCUAUGCAAUUCUAGGAUACAAGCACCUUGGACAUAUUUCGGAUGAGGAUCCUGACGUUAUGGAUGCCCUGUCACAGCUAAACUCGGAGUUUCUUCGAAACACCAAGAAACAUCGCGUGCUUGCAACUGAAAAACUUUGCCCGAAAGAGGAUGAACUUAGGUGGUUGAGGGCCGCUGGUACUUCGCCCUCACUUCUAUUCGUCCCGCUUGAACACGGAAAGCCGUGGAUGGUCGAAUCCCUCAUUAAGCAGCACCCCCAUCUCCUGGACGUGAAUAUUGCCCCUGGUUGGGGUUCUCCCUUGAUUUUCGCUAUAGACAAGAGCCCUGACUUCCUCAUUGUUCUCAGCAAGUUUGGUGUCGAUCUCAACAAGCUUUAUUCCAUCGGACCCCGCUCAUCCGACACAUAUGUCAUUCGUGACGGUUCCUAUGCUCCAAUUUCGUGGGCAGCUGCGAUUGGAAUGGAUGGCGCUGUGGAUUUCUUGCUGUCACAAGAGGUCAAUCUACCUAACGACAUUCUGCACAUGGCCGUUGUGGCGAGGAAGCCGUUACCCGAAUUUAUCCGCAAAUUUCGUUAACGUGGCGCAGAUGUCAAUUUCACCAUCGACGGUUCUACCCCUAUCCAUACUUUCCUCUUCCAGUCGGUAUUUUGGGGCAGAAGGCAAUUGCUUCCUGUCCUAAAAGCCCUCGUUGAACCGUCUUGUAAU